CCUCUGGCAGUCUGUCCAAUAAUAAGUGAUGACGUCAUCAAGAGCAGAGGUGUUGAAAAAAUAUUGCCUGUCGUCACCAAUUUUACGAAAUGGGUACCCCCAUCAAAGAUGUAACAGUAAAACCAACAGCACCAAAGGAACUCCUCUUGGACAAACAUAUUGAAUACAUAGCCAAGUAUGGCUCUAAGAAAGAUGAUUAUGAGUAUGUGAUGACUGAAUACCUAAGGAUGAGUGGCAUGUACUGGGGUAUCACUGUCAUGGAUCUGAUGGGUCAGCUUGACCGAAUGGACAAACAGGAGAUCAUUGAAUUCAUCGUCAGCUGCCAGCAUGAAUGUGGAGGAUUUGGUGCCAGUGUUGGGCACGACCCCCAUCUUCUCUACACCUUAAGUGCAAUACAGAUUUUAGCCAUUUAUGAUGCCCUUGAUGUCAUCGAUGUUGAUAAGGUUGUUGAGUACGUCACAUCACUGCAACAAGAUGAUGGGUCAUUUGCAGGGGACAAAUGGGGUGAGGUGGACACCAGAUUUUCCUUUUGUGCUGUAGCAACAUUGUCAUUAAUGAAAAGAUUAGAAGCCUUGCCAAACAUGGAGAAAGCAGUGCAAUUUGUUGUAUCCUGUAUGAACUUUGACGGAGGAUUUGGGGUCAGACCGGGGUCCGAGUCCCAUUCUGGUCAGAUUUACUGUUGUGUUGGGUUCCUAUCCGUUACAAACAACCUUCAUUAUGUCAAUGCUGAUCUGCUAGGCUGGUGGCUGUGUGAAAGACAACUCCCGUCAGGUGGUCUGAAUGGUCGGCCUGAGAAGCUUCCAGAUGUCUGUUAUUCAUGGUGGGUCUUAGCAUCACUAAAGAUUAUCAAUAGAUUACAUUGGAUAGAUAGUAAGAAACUUAUAGGAUUUAUUCUGGCUUGCCAAGAUGAUGAGACGGGCGGCUUUGCAGACCGGCCUGGUGACAUGGUCGACCCAUUCCAUACCCUGUUUGGUAUCGCUGGUCUCUCUCUUCUUGGGAGCUACUCAGAGAAGAUCAAACCAGUCAACCCAGUCUUCUGUAUGCCUGAAUACAUAUUAGAAAGGAUAGGUGUCACUCCACAAAUCUCAUGAGACAUUCCGCCCUCUAUCCUCGCUUUUACACAGGAGUGAAAAUCUCAGUAUGGAAGGCUGAUUGAUUUGAAAUGCCAAGUCUAGUUUUGAUAAGACCUUAAA